AUGGGCACAUGCCUCUUCGCGGCCGAUGCAGUGGGCGUUGGCGGCGACAGCGGCGGCCGCAGCAAACCGGUAGCGGCGGCGUCACGUGCCGCAAGCCGAGCAGGAGGACGAGGAGCUGGAGGUGCUUCUUUCUCGAGUGGAAAUGUGGAUAACGACGAGGAGGAGGAAGGCGGCAACGGCGGCCCGGAAUCCCGGGCCGCACGAAGCGUUUUGCUGUCGGGCGUUCAGAGGUGGUGCCUUGACGUCAGCGAGUGGGGCCUUUCUGCCGACCAGUGGGACGGGCUUCUCGGUCUCCUACCAAACGCCGAGAGCGCGCGCGUGAGAGCAUUCUUGAGGGAGAACGACCGGAAGCUUGCGCUGGGGAGCCGCCUGCUGCAGCGAGCGUUGGUUUCGAAGGUUUUUGGCCUGGAGUUUGACGAAAUCGACAUCCGGCGUACAGCUGAGAGCAAGCCCUUCUUCGCCGGCGUGGUGAAGGCUAUCGACGAUGGCUCCGUGUCGCCUCUGCUCAAGAACUGGAAUUUCAACGUCUCUCACCACGGGAAGUACGUCGCUGUCGCUUCGGAACCCGCGUGUCUGUGCGGGGUGGACGUCGUGGACACGAACCGGCGAGCAAACGAGCAAGGUCCCGCGGAAGAUUACCUGCAGUACUUCACAGGCCACUUCACGGACGAUGAGUGGACAACCAUCAAAAGUCCGGCCGACGACGUGGAAAAAUUGCGGCGGUUCUACAUCCACUGGGGGCUGAAGGAGGCCUACGUCAAGGCCAUCGGCCAGGGCCUAGGAUACGACCUGCGGCGAGUCUCCUUCCUGCCGGGCGACUGGGUCGACUGCUGGUUUUGCCUGCAGGAGAAGCAGCGAUGGCCGCGAAGGUGUCCUUGCCCACGAUCUCUCGCUGCCCUUGACCCUGCUACCCCUGGCGGACAACAGGUAGGCGGUUGUGGUACCGUGGACGGCACCGAUAACGGUACUGAUGCGGACAGCGGCAGUGACUGCGGCCGCGGCGGCGGCCGUGGCGGCGAGAGCGGCGGUGUUGGCGGUGUAGAUCGGUCCUGCGGAGGUGAUAGUAAGGUGAAUAACGCGGAGGGCAAGGGCAUCGAGGCGGAGAAAGUGCGGGCGAACAGGAGAAACAACGGUGACGUCGUUGCAUCGGAAGGUCGUGCUUCGACUGGUGCAGAUGCAGGUGCAGCAGAAGGUCGGCGAGGCGGCUUCUGGGGACAGGAGGACCGCUUGGGGUGUGCUUGCGGAAUGGGUGCUGUUACGGUUAAGGUCGACAACGUGCUGCGACCGGACUGGUCGUUCAAGGUGUUCUCCCUGCCGGACGGCUACGCCGCGUGCGUGGCGAGGGGACCUCCGUCCGCGUGCUCCCCCUCGGGCCAGGAGGCCGGAGUGAUCUCGGAUGCACACGCGUCCGAACGCGGACAGUCGCUACCGCAGUUGCGGUUCCGAAAAGUUGGGCUGGAGGAGAUUGUCCCGCCCGAGGCGGCGGCGAGGCUUUUUGGCGAGGGUCGAUCGUAACAAUAUUCGGGAACCAAUCAGAUGAAUCCAGUUCCGGCACGGAACACUACGAACUGCAGGGUCCCCCGAGUUCCUUGAAUUUGUACCCCCGUUGGCACGCAGGCACCAAGUCGGACGCACAGCAUAGUCGAUGCCGCAUUGUUUUCUUUCGGUCGGAGUUAGACCAGGACUAGUACAUGCUCAGCAGCAUGCGUAGAGUAGUUGGCAAAAAUUGUACAUCGGCCGCCAACAAUAUCUCUCGCCAGCGCAUGAUAUUGUGUUGUACGUGGAACAACAGAUUGUUUUCUCGCCGCACCUAGCUGUCUACACCUCGAGGAGGGGGUGGCGAGACAGGACCAGUGCCAUCAAACCGACCUUCAACUCACGCAGAUCCCUUCUGGAGAAAUAUCGCCAUCCG